CUGAAACCAGGACAUUAAAACAACAUGCAUUAAGGGCAUUUCCCUUAUAAACUUGAUCAGCGUUAUGGCAGUUACUGUUAUUGAUAUUAUGCACAGUACUGUCUUCAAAAGUUUUUGUUUACGUCUAUGUUUACCAGCCCUGAAGGUCUCUGACUGACGUAACGAAGAGCGACGAGUGUGUUUUUUAUUUUUAUUUUUUAAUCAAAAAAGACUGUUGUUUUUGUGUUAAGUGGGUAAUCUUAUGUUGUCAAAUUGAUAUCUAUCUUGAAGAAUGCAUAGUCCACUAGAUCUUGUCUAGCGAUCCAACACUCCUUCACGAGCACUGUUUAUGAAAACCUAAGAGGUUAAGGACGAAACAAGCCAUGUUUGACAGUCCUGAAUCCAAGAAAGAUGAGUUGCUGGAGCAAGCUCGUGCAGCCCGGAUAGAGAGGGUGCUUGAAAAGAAGAGAGGCUAUGCAGCUGCUUGUAUUCAAGCCCAUUUUCGUGGACUGAAAGCAAGAAAUGAAUUUUCCAAAUUGAUUCUUGAUCAGUUUGAUGCUGUCAUAACUGGAGAUCAAGAUACUGAAAAGAGACCGCAAGCGCUGCAAGCCUAUCAGGUGGCAUGUCGUUUUAUGCUUGUGUGGAAGAAGGAAAGGGAUUUAGAGCGCUUUCUAAGACUCUGCAGGUUUCUUGUUGCCAGUUUAGAAAGUGACUCUGCACGGUACAGUUACAUGGGAAUCGCCUUGAACAAAGAGCACGUAGUGCGCUGGAUAUCACAUAUCAAGAUAAUCCUCACUAGAACUCUGUUGUACAUUGAUGCUUUGAGACCAGAAAGACCUACUGACAACAAAAGUUUAAUGAUUUAUCUUCAUACACUGAUAGCAUUCACAUCUACAUCAACUUGGGUUUUGAUCAAAUCUAAAAAUUUGGAAAAUCUGAGGCAAGGCUUGAAUCAUCUCUGCUCUAAUAUAAUGGGCCAUCUAGCAUCACAGGGGCUCUACAAAUCACUGCAGUUACUCCUGAAACGUAGCCUGUGCCGCUCUACUGUAGCUUUGAAACAUGCAAGUCUCUCUGCUACAAUGACGUUGGCACUAAGACCUUUAAUCGCUGCCAACUUCUCAGAAAAACUAACAACUAUCUAUCUAAUUCAUAUCCUCAGCGUACCAGCCCUGUUAUCACAUGUUAAUUCUUUGGCACCAGAGUGCAUAUUAUUGCUAGAGCAGCAUUCCAUCCUUCAAAGGAGCUUAGAUCUUCUCAGCAUUGAACAAAAUCUCAGAAUAGUUUUUAAUGCUCUGGAAGGAAACUAUGCACUCUGUUUACUAGCUAAUCUGAUUCAACUUGCUCACUUUGAAAGAGAUUCUACUCUACCUGAUGUAAUUUUUCCAACAUUUACUGUUGUGGUGACUAGACUUCUUGAAAGCUGCAUGCAUUAUGUUAUGUUGAAACAGUCACCUUUGGCACAUUGGCAUCCAGUGUUAGGAUGGUUUGCCCAAUCUACAGAUACAUAUGCUCAGGAAGCUAUGCCCUUAGUCAAGCAGCAGCUUCAUUUGCUAUGGUCUGGCUCUCUUGUCAAAUUGCUCCUUGGUAAUGUGCUGGCUGAAUUUGCAGAAAAAUGCCAAAAUGACGAGGAAUUAAAAAGUCCAGCACCAACAAAUAUUAUCAGAAGAGCUUUGGAAAACCGUGUCAAUAGAGCAAGUUCUGCCAAGAGCUAUCGAAAACUUGGAAGCCCUGAAUUUACUAAAGUUGCAUUAGUGUGCUCGUUGUACCAAACAACUCUCUCUACUCUGACACAGUUGUCUCUUGAUAUUUUGACAGGCCUAUGCUACCAAGAUAGAGUUCUACACCACCUGUGGCUAUUCCUCUGUUCUUUGGGCCCUAACUGUGGAUUGAAGGCAUUUUUAGAACUGUUGGCAGUCAAUACCAAGUGCAGUGCACCUGAAUUUCAGAUGCUAAUUUUGUUUUGUAACUGCAUGACAAACUAUGUCACAAUUCUGGAUGACAUGGAAAUGUAUGAUCAGCAAGAACCUUUCAAACUUUCAGACUAUGUCACUUUAAGUAAUUUCCUCAACAUGUUUUUGUAUCGCUCCAUUUACAACCAACUGAUCGAUCUCAAGUCAUUACAAUCCAAUACUCUGUUUGUUGAAAUGCAUACUCUUCUUCAAGUCCUGUACAGACGAGAUUGUAGACGACGCUACACCCCAGAACAGCAUUGGCUUAUUAAAGAAAUACGUGUGGGCCAAUUUAUGGCUGAUCUAGACAAAGGAAAAAAACCUGUUGUGAUGCUCCUUCAAAAAAUGCCACACAUAAUACCUCAUGAUGAACGUGUUAAUCUAUUCAGAAAACAUGUCGCAAAUGAGAAAGCUGUGUUUGGUCUAACUGAAUCAGCCUGUGCAAUAUCUGCUUCUCCACAAUCUACCCUAAUCACAGUACAUAGAUCCCGAAUUGUAGAAGAUGGGUACAGACAGUUAGCACUCCUGCCUCCUCAAGCUCUGAAAGGAGUAAUACGAGUAAGAUUUAUUAAUGAGCAGGGCUUAGAUGAAGCUGGUAUUGAUCAAGAUGGUGUUUUCAAAGAAUUUUUGGAGGAAACUAUUAAAAGAGUAUUUGAUCCAACCCUAAAUUUGUUUAAAGCAACAUCCGAAGAAAGACUUUACCCAUCUCCGACAUCUUAUGUGCAAGAAAAUCAUCUGCAGCUCUUUGAAUUUGUUGGACGUAUGCUUGGUAAAGCAGUUUAUGAGGGUAUUGUUGUGGAUGUGCCUUUUGCUUCUUUUUUUUUGAGUCAAGUCCUAGGUCAUACCCAUCAAGUUCUCUACUCAGCAAUGGAUGAACUACCUUCUUUGGACAGUGAAUUGUACCGUAGUCUAACAUUUAUCAAACAUCACAACGGUGAUGUAGGUGACCUUGACUUAACAUUUUCCGUUGAUCAAGACUGUUUGGGCCGUGUUGUUACACAUGAGCUUGUUCCUGGUGGCAGAGUUAUACCAGUAACAAAUGAAAACAAAAUCAAUUACAUUCAUCUUAUGGCUCAUUUCCGAAUGCACACACAAAUUCGUGAACAAACUGCUGCAUUUAUUAGAGGUUUCCGGUCACUCAUUAAUGUAGAAUGGUUGCAGCUGUUUUCUACACCUGAGCUUCAGCGCCUUAUAUCUGGUGACAAUGUUCCAUUAGAUUUAAGAGACUUGAGGCGGCACACCCAGUACUAUGGUGGUUUUCAUGAUUCUCAUAGAGUUGUUAAUUGGUUAUGGGAUGUCUUAGAUCGGGAUUUUAGUGAGGAUGAACGAGCCCUCUUUCUUAAGUUUGUAACAAGCUGCUCCAAACCACCUCUCCUUGGAUUUGCCCACUUAGAACCCCCGUUUAGUAUUCGCUGUGUAGAAGUGGGCGAUGAUGAAGAUACGGGAGACACUAUUGCCAGUGUCAUCAGAGGAUUUUUUACAAUACGCAAGAAGGACCCCCAGAAUCGUUUACCAACAUCAUCAACUUGUUUUAAUCUAUUAAAACUACCGAACUAUCAGAAAAAAAGCACAUUGCGGGAAAAGUUACGAUAUGCCGUAUCAAGCAAUACCGGAUUUGAACUUUCUUAAACUCUGGAUUAGCAACUAUUUUAAUUGUUUUUCCGGAAAGCAAAGGCUGUAACAUGAAUUUUCAGAAUGAAACAGAAAUAUUUGCUCUAACUUAAUUUUCAUAAAUGUUUACCAGAUAUUUGUCAGACUGUGAUAUUUAGCACUAUUAUACACCAGUGGAAAUUACACUUUUAGCAGUGAAAUAAGAUGAUUGUUAUCAGGUUUUUACCUCAUUGUGGACUGUAUGCUUCUAAUUCAAGUUUUUUUUCUAAGUGGGAAAAUGUAUAGGGGGUUGGGUCGAUGGGGUUGGAGAAAUGUUUUGUCCAGACAAAAGAGUAAGAGAUACUUUCUUUUGUUACUCAUAAAAUCCAUUAUAGCAAGUGUGAUAUACGUCCAGGCUGUACAUUUGCCAAACGUUUCAUCUUCUCUAGAUAAACUUUUUAAAGUUAUGUCAUGAUUGUUCUAGUCAGUAAAAGUGAGAGCAAAUCUGUUAGAGGCCAUGUAGUUAAUUUCGACUUGACUUCUUGUACUACUCCUGUAACUGUUCAUAGUGUUUAUCAUUUUACAUCUCAUAUGGUUAAUUGUUUAACCAAAAAAGGAUCAUUGGGUUGUAAUUUAAAAAGAAAAAAAACAUAAUUUGCCAUGCUUUUUUGAUUUUCAAAAAUGUAUGCAAUUAGGGUCAUAGGAUAAAUCACAUGAUUUGAGGAAAGGACAUUUUGUAAAUAUUUUGGUCUGACUGUAUUAUUGAAAUUUGAAUGUAUGUCUCGCUAGCUGACCAAAGAUUUACUCUGGCAGAAAAUAACUUAAAUGGCUUUGCUGCAUAUGCAUGAGUAAAGUAGCCAUUUGAAUAAUCGCAAACCUUGUUUCAUUUUACUUGUGUUUCUAAGUGUUUUAUACAAGGGGAAAAUGUUUUCCAUGUUUCCUUUGUGUGAUUGUGUAUGGUUACUGCAAUGUACCGCAAUG